AUGGUGUGUUGUAUAUUUUUUAAUUUCCUAAAGGUAACUGUUCAGUCCCCACCUAAUUUUACACAGCAUGUGAGGGAGCAAAGCCUGGUGACGGACCAGCUCAGCCGGCGGCUCGUCCGCACCUACCAGCUGUACAGCCGGACCAGCGGGAAGCACGUCCAGAUCCUAGACAACAAGAAAAUCAAUGCCAUGGCGGAGGACGGGGACGCCCACGCCAAGCUCAUCGUGGAGACGGACACGUUCGGGAGCCGCGUGCGCAUCAAGGGGGCCGAGACGGGCUUCUACAUCUGCAUGAACAAGAAGGGCAAGCUCAUCGGCAAGAGCAACGGCAAAGGCAAGGACUGCGUCUUCACGGAGAUCGUCCUGGAGAACAACUACACGGCGCUGCAGAACGCCAAGUACGAGGGCUGGUACAUGGCCUUCACCCGCAAGGGCCGCCCGCGCCGGGGCUCCAAGACCCGGCAGCACCAGCGCGAGGUGCAUUUCAUGAAGCGCCUGCCCAAGGGCCACCACACCACGGAGCCCCAUCGCCGCUUCGAAUUCCUCAACUACCCCUUCAACCGGAGAAGUAAAAGGACUAGGAACUCCAGCCGCCGGGCAGGCCCUUGACCGGCCCGGCCGUGCCCUCCUCUCCUGGCCGUGGAGAUGGGCGGACACAGAGUAGAGACUUUCCUGUACGGUGAUCCCAAAAAAAAUGAGCGGAAAAAAAAAAAGGAGGGGAAAAACAAACAAUAAAAG